CCUCGCAAAUCAAUUGCAAAUUUGCAAGGGAUUAAGCUCCAUCACAAUUUGCGAGGGAUUUGCGAGGGAUCCGUUGCAAUUCCCUUGCAAAUCUAUUUUCCCCAAAAUAAAAAAAAAAAGAAAAGAGGAGAAGAGUUUCCAGAACUAGGGUUCGUAUAUAAUUACAUAAACCUAAUGCUCUUCAUUUGUUUGAGCCGUCAAGAAAAAAAACCAAUUUUUUUUUAAUCUUUUCUCUCCUCUUGCUGGACCUCUCUCUCUCGCUCUCCCGUGUUUGCUCUCUCAUGCUUACCUCCAUGGCUCCUCUCCGACCACACCGCCAUAUCUCUACUCCUCGCCGGCUCUCCUCUCUUCUCACACCGCCGGAUCUCCUCUUUCUUUCUCACGCCGGCUCACCUCUCUCUGUCUUUCACACCAAUGAACGUUAUUCCACAAAGCUCUUGCUCAGCGUCCCACCACCACCACGGAAUGUAGAAGCAAGGCAAGACAAGGCACACCACGGUUAGAUUUGAUUUCUUUCAUUUGGUAAAGGAAGUUGAAGGAUGGAGAAGAAGCUUGAUGGUUGAGGAGACCAGGGAAGCCGUGGUCGCAGGGUGGUGGUGCGGCUGGUGGUGAGGCGAAGGAGGCCAGAAGCGGAGGAGUCAUUGAGGCGGCUCUUUCAUUUUAGGGUUUGAGAUUCUUUAAUCCGGUUUAAUCAACUAAACUGGUUUAAUUAACUAAACCAGAUUGUUGUAAAUUAACUUUUGUUUUAAGAUUUUUAUUCAUGUAUUUACAUUUAUCUAAAUGUAUCAGUUUAAUAUAUAUUAUAUAAUUUAUUUGUAAUUUUAUUUUUGUAUUUUUUUUAAUAUUUUUAAAAAAAUUUGCGAGGGAACAUUUCAAAUGCAGAGCUCUUGCAAAUUUGCAAGAGAAUUAAAUUCCUCGCAAAUUUUGCGAGAGAAGAUAUUUCCGUUGCAAAUUUGCAACGGAAAUACGUUCGUUGCAAAUUUGCAAGGAAAAUUUGUUCGUCGCAGAUUUGCGAGUGUUUUGCAAGCGAUUUAAAUUUGCGACUAAGGAUUUGCGAGAGAAUCAGUUCGCUUGCAAAUAUCUUGCAAUCGACGAUUUGCAACGGAAUUGCAAUGCAGUUUUCCCUUGCAACAGACAAGUUUUCUUGUAGUGAAGCCAUCGGUUGUUUCUUGACUCACUGUGGCUGGAACUCAACUGUGGAGGCAUUAACCUUUGGUGUUCCCAUGGUGGCUAUGCCUCAAUGGACUGAUCAACCUAUGAACGCAAAGUACAUACAAGAUGUGUGGAAGGUUGGAGUUAGUGUGAAGACUGACAAUGAGAGUGGGAUUGCAAAGAGGGAAGAAAUUGAGUUAAGCAUUAAGGAAGUGAUGGAAGGAGAGAAGAGCAAAGAGGUGAAGGAGUAUGCGAAGAAAUGGAGUGACUUGGCUGUCAAGUCACUCAGUGAAGGAGGCUCUACAGAUAUUAACAUUGAGAAAUUUGUUUCAAAGGUUCAGAGGAAAUAAAUUAUCACAUGAAGUUGCAAAGGUUUCUUCUAUAGUGUCUUAUUGAGUCAGUCUUUCAUUCAGUAUAAUGUUUAAGUUGAUUCUACAUCUGGUUACUUCCCAAUCUUACAAUGUUUUCUACCAUAUAUUGUCUUCCUUUCAAUAGGCUUUUCAGGUGUCUGUCAUUACUCAUCACUAUCCGUUUUUCGAUUUAACCA